AUCCCAGGCCCACAUCUACUUCUGCAGUGGUUUACGGUUUUUCGGAAUUCCCUCUCCGCGAUUCGAUUUUGCAAAUCGGUCUCUUCGAAUUCCUUCUUCCAGCUUUGUCUCAAGCUACGAGUCUCUUCACGCCUUCAGUCUCCAUCUCGGUUUGAGUGAUCGUUGUUUGCAGAAUUGUGAUAAACAAAGGAAUAGUUAGUUGGUUGUGAUUUCAAUGUUAAACAGAGUCUAUUAUGUUCACCAAUAGUCGGAGGCAAGAAGAGCGUACUGGAAAAUAUGGAACUCCAAGGCUUCAAUAUCUUCAGGAAUUAGUGUCUCAGUUUCAGAAUGCGACUAGUGAAGAAUCAAAAGAGAGGAUUGUUGCUAAUUUAGCAAACUUCGCGUAUGAUCCUUACAAUUAUACCUUCUUGCAUCAGCUCAACAUUUUGGAACUUUUCCUUGAUUGCAUAACAGAACCAAAUGAGAAGCUUGUAGAAUUUGGUGUUGGAGGGAUCUGCAAUUCUUGUGUUGAUCCAGCAAAUGCUGCCAUUGUCACCCAGUGUGGUGGGAUUCCUCUUAUCAUUCAAUGUUUAUCAAGUCCUGUUAGAAACACUGUAAAUUAUGCUGUCGGGGCUCUGUAUUAUCUGUGUAAUGCUUCUAACAAGGAAGAGAUAUUGAAACCAGAGGUGGUGGAUGUCAUGAGAAGGUAUGCGGCAGCUGGUGCAGUUAGUGUAAGCUUCAGUAAUCUAGCUCAAGCAUUUCUAGAUAAGCACGUUGAUGAACACGAGUGACAGAUAAAUUCUACUUUAUGGUACCGAUUCAUUCAAUGAUGUCAUUCAUAUUUGAUAUAAUUUGUGUCACAUUAAUAUCAUAAUUGACUUCUUUGUUGUUUUAAACACCUUGUAAAUAUUUACUUGCCUUUGUUAAUAGUUAUUACCUCUGUUUUCAUAGAGAA